AUGUUCCCUAGACUCGUCAGGAGUGCUGUUCCCCGUGUGCGCUCAUUGAGCACCCAAGUGGGCGGAGUGGCGGCCAUUCUGGAAAGGAAGCCCGACGAUGUUGUUAUCACAUUCGCCAAGCGGACUGCACUUGGACGUGCGAAGAAGGGCCAGCUGAAAGAUGUACCGGUUGAUGAACUCAUGCAGGCUCUCAUAAAGGCGACUUUGGAAAAGACGAAGUUGGAUCCUGCCAAGCUUGAGGACAUUUGCGUGGGGACUUGUCAUUCGCCAUCUCCAACCUAUGUCUCUCGUGCAGCAGCCAUCGCUGCGGGUGUACCAGUCGAGGUUCCAGUCUCCGCUGUGAACAGGCUAUGCGGCUCUGGCUUGCAAGCUAUCAGGAUCAUCGCUAAUGCCAUCCAGGCGGGGCACAUGUCCUUAGGGAUGGCAAUUGGCGUUGAGAACAUGUCCUUGAAUCCGCGCCCAACUCCCGAAAUUGUAGAGGGUGUGGAGGCGAUUCCGCAAGCUCAUGACUGUGUACAGCCCAUGGGCUGGACAUCAGAAAUGGUCGCAGAGGCAUAUAAAAUUUCUCGACAGAAACAAGACGAGUAUGCAUUGAUUUCGCAUACGAGGGCGGAAAAGGCUUCAGAAGCCGGGAUCUUCGGAGAGGAAAUCAUGCCCGUGGAGCUGCGAGGCACAAUAAUCUCCGUCGAUGAUACCAUCCGAAAGGGCACAACCGCCGAAGGUCUCUCCAAGUUAAAGCCAGCUUUCCCGGCAUGGGGCGAAGCCUCCAGUACAGGGGGAAAUAGCAGCGGGCUGGGUGACGGUGCUGCUCUGUGCAUCCUCACGACGCGGAAGCGUGCAGAGAAGGAGGGAAUGGAGAUAAUCGGCAAGUACGUAGCUACCAGUUUCGUCGGUGUGGAGCCAAGAUACAUGGGGAUUGCUCCAGUAGCUGCGAUACCGAAAGUCCUUGAACAAACAGGCCUCGCAAAGGAAGAUGUUGACGUGUACGAGAUUAACGAGGCGUUCGCGUCGCAGUUUGCAUACUGCGUUGAACAGCUAGAUGUCCCUAUGUCGAAAGUCAACCCAAAUGGCGGCUCAAUUGCCCUGUCACAUCCCCUCGGAAUGACUGGUGUGCGCCAGGUCGUUACUGGUCUCGCUCAGCUUCGACGCCAAGGGGGAAAUAUACUGUGCACCAGCAUGUGUAUAGGCAGUGGGAUGGGAGGUGCUGGUAUAUUCGUGAAUGAGGCUCAUGCUUAG